AUGCUCACCACGGCCAUCGUUAACACAUUGAACAAAAACAAAGGAUUAGUUCGCACCAGACUGCUGUUGGACACCUGCUCUACAACAAAUUUCAUAACGGAAAGACUCGCCGACAAAUUGAAGCUCGAGAAGACUAAUUACGCCAUUCCUGUGACAGGGAUCAAUGGACUCACCACGUACACCAAGUACCAAUAUUUUAGUCUCGAGAAAGUCUGGAAAUUGGCGGAAAUACCUAAGAAACAGUUUCUAUCACCAGAAGAGCAAUCAGCAGAAGAACAUUAUGUGAAUAAUCCUUAUAGAGAUUCAGCAGGGCGUUACGUUGUCGCUUUGCCAUUUAAAGAAUCAGCACAAAAAUUGAGCUCUUCCAAAGAAAUCGCAGAGAAAAGGUUGAAAUCGCUAGUACGGAAGUUUCAUCGCCAACCCGAAUUGAGGGAACAAUAUUCAGCGGUCCUCUCCGAAUAUUUAGAGCUGAAUCACAUGACGAAGCUCCAUAAGGAUACUGGAGAAGGAUUCUACUUGCCUUACCAUGCAGUAAUUAAAGAGACUAGUCUGACUACCAAGGUCAGAGUGGUUUUCGGUGGAUCAGCUAACAUGUUAGGCGGAGCUUCAGUCAAUUCAGCUCUAAUGGUCGGCCCUACAAUUCAAGAUGACAUUUUCACACUGAUCACUCGCUUCCGACUCCACAAAUAUGUACUAACUGGAGACAUUGAGAAAAUGUACAGGCAGUUCCUCGUUCGACCUCAAGAUCGGGAAUACCAGAAAAUUCUAUGGUAUGACGAUCACAAUCAAGUGACAACUUACCAGCUCAACACUGUAACAUUCGGGUUAUCAGCGGCAGCGUUCUUGGCUAUAAGGAGUCUCCAACAAUUAGCUCAAGAUAAUGCCGGCGACUACCCUAUUGCAGCACGAAUUCUACAGCAAGAUAUGUACGUUGCCGAUUCAUUAACAGGGUUCUCGACCCAAUGA